AUGGCGGAGCUGGUGCAGGGGCAGAGCGCUCCUGUGGGGAUGAAGGCUGAGGGCUUCGUGGACGCUCUGCACCGGGUCCGGCAGAUUGCUGCUAAAAUUGAUUCAAUUCCUCACUUGAAUAAUUCCACACCUCUAGUGGACCCCUCAGUGUAUGGCUAUGGAGUACAGAAACGGCCCUUGGAUGAUGGAGUAGGUAACCAGUUAGGGGCCUUGGUACAUCAAAGGGCAGUAAUAACAGAAGAAUUCAAAGUGCCUGAUAAAAUGGUUGGAUUUAUUAUCGGCCGGGGAGGUGAGCAGAUCUCACGGAUUCAAGCAGAAUCUGGUUGCAAAAUUCAGAUUGCCUCAGAGAGUUCUGGGAUUCCAGAGAGGCCCUGUGUACUUACCGGAACCCCAGAAAGUAUUGAACAAGCCAAACGGCUCCUGGGGCAGAUUGUGGACCGCUGUCGGAAUGGACCCGGCUUUCACAAUGAAACGGACGGCAAUAGCACGAUCCAGGAGAUUCUCAUCCCAGCGUCAAAAGUGGGUCUGGUCAUCGGCAAAGGCGGGGAGACGAUAAAGCAGUUGCAGGAGCGGACCGGCGUGAAGAUGGUCAUGAUUCAGGACGGCCCAUUGCCCACGGGAGCAGACAAGCCCCUUCGCAUCACUGGAGACCCGUUUAAAGUUCAGCAAGCGAGAGAAAUGGUUUUAGAAAUCAUCCGAGAGAAAGACCAAGCUGACUUUCGAGGUGUGCGCGGUGACUUCAGCUCUCGAAUGGGAGGAGGCAGUAUAGAGGUAUCUGUGCCUAGGUUUGCUGUCGGGAUUGUGAUAGGAAGAAAUGGGGAAAUGAUCAAAAAGAUCCAGAACGAUGCCGGUGUGAGAAUUCAGUUCAAACCAGAUGAUGGUAUUAGCCCAGAGAGAGCUGCACAGGUGAUGGGACCCCCGGAUCGAUGCCAGCACGCAGCACAUGUCAUCAGCGAGCUUAUUCUCACAGCCCAGGAAAGAGACGGCUUUGGAGGCCUGGCGGUAGCCAGAGGCAGAGGCCGCGGCCGCGGCGACUGGAGCCUGGGGACCCCCGGGGGCGUCCAGGAGGUGACCUACACUGUGCCGGCUGACAAGUGUGGCCUUGUCAUCGGCAAAGGGGGCGAGAACAUCAAGAGCAUAAAUCAGCAGUCGGGAGCACACGUGGAGCUUCAGCGGAACCCCCCUCCCAGUACCGACCCCAACCUGCGGAUAUUCACCAUCCGGGGGCUCCCUCCACAGAUCGAGGUGGCCAGACACCUCAUAGAUGAGAAAGUUGGCGGGACCAGUCUCGGAGCUCCUGGACCCUUUGGACAAAGCCCCUUCAGCCAGCCGCCUGCCGCACCUCAUCAAAAUGGUCCUCCCGCCUUUCUGACCCAGGGCUGGGGCAGCACCUACCAGGCGUGGCAGCAGCCCACACAGCAGGUUCCAAGCCAGCAGAGCCAGCCGCAGAGCAGCCAGCCCGACUACAGCAAGGCCUGGGAGGACUACUACAAAAAACAGAGUCACGCCGCCAGCGCCGCGCCUCAGGCCAGCACCCCGCCGGACUACACCAUGGCCUGGGCGGAGUACUACCGGCAGCAGGUCGCCUUCUACGGGCAGACGUUAGGGCAGGCGCAGGCCCCCAGCCAGGAACAGUAG